CUCAUUCAUUCAUUCAAUUUGAGUAGACAAAAAUGACAUCAAAUAUGAGUUAUAUGAUAAUGUUGUGUGUUGCAGUAAUUCUGACAUUAGUUCCAGCAGGGUAUGGAAAUGCUGAAUCAGAUGCAUUGCUGGUCCUGAAGGGUAGCCUCACAGAUCCUAAUGGUCUCCUAAAUAAUUGGGAUCCAUCCUCAUUGGAUCCAUGCCUUUGGUUUCAUGUCACCUGCAAUGCCCAGAAGCAAGUUACUCAAUUACUCUUGCCGGGAGCAAAUCUGGGCGGUCGUCUCGUACCCAAUCUUCAAGCGCUACAAAACUUGGAUACAUUGGUAAUCUUUAACAACCGAUUGACUGGACCCAUACCCGCUGAAAUUGCUACAAUUCCAACCCUCCGUGCUGUGGAUUUCUCAAACAAUGAUUUUUGUGGAAGUAUAUCUCCAGGAUUUGACCGCCUUCUUAUUAAAAGGUUUGAUAAUAAUCCUCGACUUGGACGCCCAUGCUAAGCUUGGCCAUGGAGAUCGAAUAAAGAAAUAUAAAAGAUACGACCUUCCGGUUCGUUAGAACAAGUUGAAGAUAAUCUUAUUCACUAUAAUAAUACUAUUUUUACCUUAGCUCAUAAUAAGAUCAAUAUAAAUUUUGUAUUUAAUUAAAUAUUACGUGUUGCCAAUUUUUAUGUUAAAUUUUCUAUGUAAGCUUUAUUGGAAUAUAUUUAUAUACUUUUUUGA